AGCGGUUCACUGACAUGGUGGACUCUGUUCUGUCAGAAGAAAUCGCUCCGCGGUGGGAUUUCACGGAAGAUGCUGAAGAAACGGGAGCUGUUGCUUUCCGAGAGACAACAAUUCAGUGAAGAUGAGACGAUGGUCCCGGUACUAACCUCCAGAAAAGCCAGCGAACUCCCCGUCAACGAAGUAGUGUGUGUCCUGCAGGCCGACCUGCAGCUGGGUCUGAUCGAGGAGGAGGUGAGCCGGCGCAGAGCGUACCACGGCUGGAAUGAGUUCGACAUCAGUGAAGAGGAGCCGCUAUGGAGGAAAUACAUCUCGCAGUUCAAAGAUCCUCUCAUCCUGUUGCUGUUGGCGUCGGCCGUUAUCAGCGUGCUCAUGCGGCAGUUCGAUGACGCCAUCAGCAUCACUGUGGCCAUCAUCAUAGUUGUGACCGUUGCUUUUGUCCAGGAGUACCGCUCGGAGAAAUCUCUAGAAGAACUCGGGAAGCUGGUGCCUCCAGAAUGUCACUGUAUCAGGGAGGGGAACCUGGAGCACCUGCUGGCCAGGGAGCUCGUACCUGGAGACACCGUCUGUCUGUCGGUGGGGGAGAGGGUCCCAGCGGACCUCCGCCUCGUCGAGGCCACAGACCUGUGUGUGGAUGAGUCCAGUCUGACGGGGGAGACGAGCCCCUGCUCCAAGUCCACCUACCACCAGCCUGCGUCCUCCAACGGAGACAUCGCCUCCCGCAGCAACAUCGCCUUCAUGGGGACGCUGGUGCGCUGCGGCAGAGCCAAGGGCAUCGUCAUCGGGACCGGAGAGAACUCAGAGUUUGGGGAAGUGUUCAAGAUGAUGCAAGCAGAAGAGGCUCCUAAGACGCCGUUGCAGAAGAGCAUGGACCUGCUGGGGAAGCAGCUCUCGCUCUACUCCUUUGGCAUCAUAGGGGUCAUCAUGCUGGUGGGCUGGCUGCAGGGGAAGAGGAUCCUGGACAUGUUCACCAUCGGUGUGAGUCUGGCGGUAGCGGCCAUCCCGGAGGGUUUGCCCAUCGUGGUGACGGUGACGCUGGCGCUCGGUGUAAUGCGCAUGGUGAAGAAACGAGCCAUCAUUAAAAAGCUUCCCAUCGUAGAAACUCUGGGCUGCUGUAACGUCAUCUGCUCAGACAAAACGGGAACUCUGACCAAGAACGAGAUGACCGUCACUCAGCUGUUCACGUCGGAUGGACUCCACGCUGAGGUGACGGGCGUCGGCUACAACGGAGCAGGAGAGGUUUUAGUGGACGGAGAGAUGAUCCACGGCUUCUCCUGCCCGUCCAUCAGCAAGAUCGUGGAGGUUGGCUGUGUGUGUAACGACUCAGUCAUCAGGAAUCAAAAUCUGCUGGGACGCCCGACGGAGGGAGCGCUCAUCGCCCUCGCCAUGAAGAUGGGGCUGGAGAGCCUGCAGCAGGAGUACGUCCGUCUGGAGGAGCAUCCCUUCUCGUCGGAGCAGAAGUGGAUGUCUGUGCGCUGCGUUCACCGCACCCUGCAGGAUAAGCCUGGAGUGUACUUCAUGAAAGGAGCUUAUGAGCAGGUGAUCCGUCUCUGCAGCUCCUACAACAGCAGAGGCUCCACACUGUCCCUGAACCACCAGCAGAGGGAGCUGUACCAGCAGCAGAUCAGCUACAUGGGCAGCGGCGGUCUCAGAGUGCUGGCGUUUGCGUCGGGCUCUGAGAUGGGGAGCUUGACCUUCCUGGGUCUGGUGGGCAUCAUCGACCCCCCGAGGUCGGGGGUCAAAGAAGCCGUGGGGAAGCUCAUCAACUCCGGAGUCGCCAUCAAGAUGAUCACCGGAGACUCGCAGGAGACGGCCGUGUCCAUCGCCAGUCGUCUCGGCCUGUACUCUAAAGGCUGCCAGUGUUUGUCUGGAGACGAGGUGGAUCAUCUGGACCUGCAGCAGCUCUCGCACGUCGUCCCCAGAAUCGCCGUGUUUUAUCGAGCCAGUCCCCGACACAAGCUGAAGAUCGUCAAGUCCCUCCAGAACAUCGGCGCCGUGGUGGCCAUGACGGGCGACGGGGUGAACGACGCCGUGGCUCUGAAGGCCGCCGACAUCGGCGUGGCGAUGGGCCAGACGGGCACCGACGUCUGCAAGGAGGCGGCCGACAUGAUCCUGGUGGACGACGACUUCCAGACCAUCAUGUCGGCCAUCGAGGAAGGAAAAGGAAUUUACAACAACAUUAAAAACUUUGUCCGCUUCCAGCUGAGCACGAGUAUUGCAGCUCUGACGCUCAUCUCCUUGGCAACGCUGAUGAACUUCCCCAACCCGCUGAACGCCAUGCAGAUCCUGUGGAUCAACAUCAUCAUGGACGGACCUCCCGCUCAGAGUUUGGGCGUGGAGCCCGUGGACCCGGACGUGAUCAGACAGCCCUCCUCGCAACGUGAGAGACAGCAUCAUCACCCGCAGUCCUGCUCGUCAAAGUCCUGGUGUCGGCGCUCGUCAUCGUCUGCGGGACUCUGUUCGUCUUCUGGAGAGAGUUGCAGGACAACGUGAUCACUCCUCGAGACAACCACCAUGACCUUCACCUGCUUGCGCUUCUUCUUCG